CACCGAUCGUCGGACGGGACCUCUGUACGAGGUCCCGAUCAUGUGAUCACUGAUUGGCCAAUCAGUGAUCACAUGCAAAGUAGUAAGCAAGAUGUCACUUGUGACAUCAUUGCUUACUACUUGUAAAAUCUGUGAAUGAUCACAGAGGUCACAUGGUACGAGGCUAUUCACAACAGCCUUCUACCAUGUGACAAGCUGUGACUGAUCACAGCUCACUCAGUAUUUCUCAGUGGCUGCAAGAAUGCAGACAGAGAGAAAAAGAAAGUGAUUGCUUUUACACCCAUAUAGGAUGUAAAAGCAAUCAUU